GUUUUCUCUUCGCUUUCCUUCCCUGUCAAAAAAUCUUCUCUUCCCUUGAAGCCAACAAAAAUGCCAGCAGAUUCUGAGGAUAAGCGGCCGGCUAGAGCGCCUUGGACCACGGGUUCACACCCACCGCCGAAGCUCAACGAGCCACUGCCCUGUCCCAGGUGUGAGUCCACCAGCACCAAGUUCUGCUACUACAACAAUUACAACCUCUCUCAGCCUCGCUACUUCUGCAAGUCCUGCCGUCGCUACUGGACCCACGGUGGUACUCUCCGGAACGUCCCCGUCGGUGGCGGGACCCGCAAAACCUCCAAGCGCUCGCGCUCCUCCUCUGCUUCAUCCCCUGUUUCCGCUUCAUCUUCUUCUGUUGUGACUCACGAGCCCGAGUCAGUGCCCGUAUCGGCUCACACUUUCUCGCCUGUUCUCGUCACGGGAAUUAAGCCUGAAAUGGUUAGGAGUGAUGUGAAUCUCAACAAGACUAUGGGAGGAGAGCCAGGGCCUGGAAGUUUCAGUUCGUUCUUGAGCACUCCGGGACAGGGGUACUUAACUCUGGGCGGGUACGGAUUUGAUGGGGCUUGGGUAUACAACGGAAAUGGUUAUCUGGGUGGUUUUGCUGGUGGUUCUACUAUCGGCUGCAAUCAGUGGCAGAUGACGGUGGCCGAAGAUAUUCAAGGAGGUGGUGCAUUGGCUGAUGGGGAUUGCUUCGGUUGGCCAGGGCUGGCGAUUUCUGCGCAUGGAAAAGGCCUGAAAUGAAGCUACUUUUGGGCAUUCCGAGACAAGGGUUUUGUCUUGAUUCAUCCUUUUUGGUUAUAUUAGGUAGUGUCUCGGAAUAUCUUAGUCAGUAAUGCUGUUUUUUUUUCUAGUUUACCGUUGUCUUUUUCAUUGGAGUUCAGUGUUUGGUGGGUAUAUAGGUUAAUGUUUUACAGUAGAAUAUACUGUAAUUGAACAGAAGAUAACUAGUCCGAUCAAAGUGUUGGCCUUUUGCUUAGCGUUUCGUUUUUGAUUGAUCUGUAAAUCUAUGCAACUUGGGAAGAAAUGAAAACUGGUGAA